UAGGAGAUGUCUACCACUCACCGGUUACUACUCUAAUUACAAAUUCCAACUUACAGAAAAUACAGCAAAAAUUGUAGGAAAUCCAAUUAAUCCAGAAGAUUAUAAAAAUAUUCGACGUUUGAUUUGGAGUUGGUGUUCCCUCAUCGCUCUCGUUCUCUUCGCAUUUCUGAUCGUUUGCGGUGUUUCUGCAAUCGAAGCUGAGCAGAAAAUGGAAAUGCCAACACAUCGAACAUGGAUGUAUAAUAGGCUUCUUCCUGGUCGAAAGGGAUACACAGUUGAAUUUUUGCAAGGCGUCGAAGAGUUUAUUGAUUUUGCUUGUCAACAGCCAAACUAUUUGAAUGAAGGUGUAAUAAAGUGUCCAUGUAAGCUAUGUAAAAAUGCGAGGCGCCGAACUCCAAAUGAAGUAAAUGUUCAUAUUCGUCAAAAAGGGUUUACGCCUGGAUAUUGGUAUUGGACAUCCCAUGGAGAGGAAGUCCCUCAAACUAAUCUUGAUGUUGAUAUGAACUUAGACUCAAUGUCUGGUAGUGGUCAACAAGACAUGGGGUUUGAGGAUGCUGAUAUGGAUGACCAACAUUUUGUACCAAAUGCAGAGGUACCUCCAAAUGUGGAAGCAACUGAAUAUUAUGAUAUUUUGGAUUCAACUCAACAACCUUUGCGGCCAGGGUAUAAAAAUACAUCAAAUUUGUCUGCUGCUAUUACAAUGCUGAGUUUACAAUCUAAACACAACAUGUCACAAGCGUGUAUUAAUGACGUGGUAAAGUUUAUGAGGGAGGUAAGCCACGUUGAGAAUGUACUUCCUUCAACUUUUAAGGAAACAAAGAGAGCUAUGCAGCCAACUAAAAUUUUAAGAAAAAAGAGAUAUGCAGAAACCCGUGCACCAUUGAUAAUUCCAUCAGAUACCCUUCAAGCUUAUACCAACCAAACCACUCAACCUCCACCUCGAACUAAACCUCGAAGUAAACUAAACCGACCUCGAUCUCAACCUCAACCCAUUCAACCUCAACCACGACUUCAAUUCCGACCUCAAUCUCAACUCCGCCUACAACCCCAACCUACUCAAUCGCAACCUCAACUCACUUUGCCUCCACCUCAAUCUCGACCUCAACCUACUUCACCUCCACCUCAAUCUCGACCUCAGCCUACUCCGCCUCCACCUCGAUCGCGAACUCAACCUACUCUGCCUCCAGCUCGAACUCGAUCUCGACGUCAACCUACUUCGCUUCCUCCUCAAUCUCAACCUCAACCUACUCCGCCUCCACCUCGAUCACGACCUCCAUCCAACAAAUCUCAAACCGUUCCUACCCAAGUCCUUAAUUGGCGAGAAUUUCCUAUGGUCAACGAAACUCCGUCUUCUUCAUCUAGCCAUGUUAGUGGAGAAAGUAAUGGGAACAAAAUUCCUAUUCUCCCAGAAGGGGAUGGGUUUGAUCAACACAGCUUGGUAGUUAAGGAAAUUGCUUCAAUCAUACGUACUAACUUGCAGGAGGGAAAACCAUCAUGGAAGCAAUUAUCUAAAAAGCAACGAGAUUCGUGGUUUGAUAUAUUUAAAUCAAAGUUUACUUGGCCACCUCAGCAUAAAGACAUGGUGCGGCGUAACUUUGAGAAAAGGGGUUCAGCUAAAAUGAUUCAAUUAAUGCAAGAAGCACGGAAAAAUUUAGAUCAACAACCAAUUUGGAUGGAAGAGGAUGUAUGGGCUCAACUGAAGGCACAUUGGGAGUCCUUAAAGUACAAAAGAAAGUCUGAAAUAAACAAAAGAAAUUGUGAGUCUAUGGCUGGUGCAUGUCUUCACACUGGUGGAUCAAUUCCUCAUCGUCUGCAUUGGAAGCGAAUGAAGGAGGCAAAAGGAACAGAUCCAUCAUUGGAGGAGUUUUACCUUCGUACUCAUCGAAAAAAGGAUCAAAGUUGGGUUGGUCCUUGUGCAGAGUCUGCCUAUGAUAAAUUUGAACAAAAAAAAUUAGAAUUAUGUUCCAAGUUUGUUUCCGGAGAGAAUGGAGGUGAUUGUCAAGGAUCCGUAGAUAUGCCAUCUGACUUGGAUAUAUGGAUAAAUUCAGUUGGAGUGAAAAAAGGAAGGAUUUUUGGUCUUGGAUCUGUAAACAAAACAUUAAUUACAUCUUUGAGUCAACCUGCCAAACUUAAUUCAGAAGAUGUCAAUGCUUUAAGAAGUCAGAUUCAUGCACUAAACGAGUCACUGCAAAGACAGGAGCAAGAGAAAAUAGAGAUGAGACAAGAGUUGGCGGAGACUAGAAAACAAGUAGUGACUUUAAUGCAACAUUUGGGAUUUGCUGCCUCUUCUUCUCGUCCACAUUCAUCACCUCAACACAGCAAUGAAAUUGAUAACGGUGAUGACGAUACUGGUGAUGAUCAUAUGGAAUAGGGAUUUAUCUGAUUUAUAGGUCUUGAGAAAUAGUACUUUUUUUUUUUCUGGUAGAAACUAGAAAUAGUACAUUUGUUUAGUACAAAAAGGUUGAACAUAUUGUGGUAUGUUUUAUGCAUUUCUGGGAUGCUUUACUGUGAAAAUUAAAAGUAUUAUUAUAUAGACUCAAUUCAUUUUCAAAAA